AUCACAUCAAAAACAAAACUUGAGUGAAAACAUAGUCAAAGAGAGAGAGAAAAAAAUCAUAGACAAUGUCAGGGAUCAUGCACAAGAUUGGAGAGACCCUUCAUGUGGGAGGGCACAAGACAGAGGAGCACAAGGGUGAACACCAAAGUGGAGAACACAAAGGAGAGGCUCAUGGGUAUGGUGAACACAAAGGAGAACCACAUGGGUAUGGUGAACACAAAGGGGAGCAACAUGGGUAUGGGGAGCACAAGCCAGAGCACCAUGGUGAAGAGCACAAAGAGGGUUUUGUAGACAAGAUCAAGGACAAGAUCCAUGGUGAAGGUGCUGAGGGUGAGAAGAAGAAGAAGAAGGAGAAGAAGAAGAAGGAAGGCCAUGAGCAUGGCCAUGAUAGCAGCAGCAGCAGUGAUAGUGAUUAGAUCUUUCACUAUGCUGCAUCUAUGUUAAGGUUAUGGAUCAUGGUAGUGAGGGGCUAUGCUUUACCUUUUUCUUCUUUCUUGUGAUCUAUAUUUGUGAGUGAAAAAAAAGAAAAGAAAAAAAAAUGCGUGUUUCUAGUUAUUAAGUCGAGUGCUUGUAGUCCACGUUUUGGUUGGAUUGUAACCCCACUACUAUGGUUGUAUUUGAUUGUAUAUUAUCUUAAAGGAAAUAAUGAUUUAAAUUUAUUAGUA